AUGCUACCUAAAUUCUUGCAGAGUAGUUACACCCGCUACAAAGCGGAUACCAAUACAUUUGCAACAUGGCUACUGGAGACAGCCAACCAAUGUGGCUAUCAACCACCUGCCCUCUCUGCUACCAUUUCCACCGCGGAAAAGGGCAAACGCAAAGGCAAAAACGAUGGCUCAGUUGCAGAUCCAUUUCACUAUAGUGCAACUAUCAAAGAUCUGCAAAAGCUCGCCGAGGUCAUUGCCAGUUCUGCUGUCACGGUACCUAAGUCAGUUCUCACCAUCGCGAAACGCGCCAUCAAAUUGAGAAAAGCGGUCACUUCCUGGUUCUUGGGCCAGGGCGACUCUACAGGCAACAAGCAUCAUGCUCAUUUCAUCACCGCGCUGGAGCAAAUCUGCGAGAGUCUUGAGUGGAAGACCAACCAGCCCUCGAAGCCCGACGCUAAGCAGCCACCGCCGACUUCUGAGGCUCAAAGUGACGACGCCGGUGCUGACAGGUUUCUAAACAAAUUUGCUGUUCUCACCGUGGAGGAACCCCAGGAUGCUGCUGCGCAAACUCAACCGACGCCCGCAGAAUCGAAGAAGAUGGUCAAUGUGACUGUUGUUGAAGAGGACGACAAUGAGGCAGCAGACUCGUAUCUCAGUCAAUUGUUCUUCAAGACCCUCUGCUUACUUCAGGACUUGAACAAUAUGCGAAUAUUCAUUUCCAUGACCUGGUCGGAGUAUCGAGAUAAGAAAAUCGAUCUUAUGAAUGCUGCUGUCGUGACUGACAGUGCUUUGCAACUUGCCCGAGGCCUUGUGCAGGAGGUGGAGGCUGACUGGCGCACUUCCCUUACGGGGGAAAGGGAUGAUGUCCAGAAUAUUGUCUAUAACCUCGCUGUUUUUACCCGCGGCAUUUCCGCGUCUCCAUCCACUGAGAUUGGCCUGCCAUACAACAAGAACAUGGCUGAUAUAGCCGACUGGUGCUAUGUGCCAACCAAGGUCCUACUUGAGUCCUUCGCAGAUGUUCUCCAGGUCAAUCAUCAGCCAGUCUUUAAAAAAGGCUACUUCGGCACCUACAAUCCGAAAGCGGACAGAGAGCGGAUGUCUCUGGGUCAGAAAUUCAACGAAGACAAAAUCAUCCUUCUUUCGAUUUUGCCAGAGUUUUGCAUGGUCGAUACAUUCAAAAUCCAGAUGCCUACCGAGGACGCGAUAACUCGAGGCCUUACUGAGUUUGCCAAGACCAAAAGGGUUACUCUGGGGCUUUGCUUCGUCUCCCAGAUCUUCCUCGACGUUCAUCAUAUCAUGCGACACAGUACCUUGGGUGCAUUUGGAGACCUCCGAAUGUCUGGACUUCGCAUCCAGAAGACUAUUGAUGACUACCUGCAAUUGUCAAGAACACACCCUCAGCCCAAAUUUUGGCCAAAAGAGGGUGACAAGGAGAUUCAAAAUAUAGGGUCAACAGUGAAGUCAUGGAUCAUACAAGAUCUGUUCCUAGAUAUUCGAGUCCGGUCUAAACUCAAUGGAAUUGGCUCCCCGCCCGAAAAGCAUGCACUCUUCUCGCAGCACGCUAUCCUCUGCGGCUUGAUCCUGUUCAACCUCAAUCUUCGAAUGCAGUUUCUUGGCCAGCAGCUCGUCACCCAAUGGUACGACGUCCAACAACUAGCUUUCUUGCACAACCUCGUCAUAGGGUCUCCAACACACAAAGAUCUGAGAUGGCCUGAUAUGGAUGCUUUUAUCAAGAUCCAUGGCGAGUCUCAUAUUUUCAUUGGUUCGCGGCCAAAGAACGCCAAUGAAUCGCUGAAUAGGCUAGAGUUGGCCGCAGGCGUCUCAUCCGCUGCCAAUUUUGCCCGCGAUUCCCGGAGCAAAAGAUUCCAUAAACCUAACGGCAAGAAUACCCGCUUGCUCAAGCCCACCACUGCAGUCGCGAACUUGUUUUUCGCCCAGUACGUUGGUUCUCCUCAGGAAGAUGCCGGGAUUUUAAACAUUGACAGGAUCUUGGACGAGCUUUCGCAGAAAUCGAAGCUUGAAUCAUCCGGCAAGGAGCUUCAGGGAGCCAAUCCUGAACUCAUCAUUGCACGAAAGUGGUCUAAUACCCAUAACAUCGACACGCUGCAGCUUCUAGCCUUCCUGAAGAGCAAGCUAUUUGAAGAGGAGCCUAUCUUGAUGUACAACUACUUCGGCAUGCACAAACGCUCCGUCGAGUUACUCAGACUGAUCCGAGACAAGGAGCACCAGAAAUUUGUUCAAUAUUUCACGUCGGCGUAUAUGCCUGAUGAGUCUUUCAUCUCAAACAUCGUCAUUCUCAUCCAUCACGUUGCGCAAGGCUCGGCCCAAGGUGCACGUGCAAUGGGACUUGCAUCUGGCGGAGUUGAGGUGAUGAGUCGGAUUGUCACGAGCGCUGGCGACGUGAUGCGGGAAUAUUUGAAGAAGAAUGGAGAUGUGGCAUGUAAAGAGCUGAGAGUGUUCUGCAAGAACAAAAAGCCAAUCCAAGAUGAUGUUGCUUAUGAUAAGGGCAAAUCGGACGAACUGGUGUAUUCUUGGCUCAGUCUUGAGGACGUUUUCGGUCCCAAGAAUGUGGCCUCGCUCAUGACUGGGAUCCCCAUAGCUUAG